AUGUUGGUGCACAACCUUAACAAUUGGACGAAACUGGAACAGACCAGGCAGGACAAAGACAAAUCUGCAUUAAGAAAAGCACCCACAAAAAAAUUUUUGGCAAAUGACAAUGUUGACAAAAAGGGUUUCAUGACAUCGAAUGAAUUGAAAAAUUUGACUGAUUUACAAGAAUGGAAAUCUAAACUUUCGAUUCUUGGUUCUGAAGGCGCUACAUUGCAUCUGAAAUAA